CUCUAGUUGUAGUUCAGCUCCAGUCUUUGGGCUGUUCGGGAGUAUGAUUAAAUGAUAAAUAUUCGUAUUCAAUGUUUAUCGUAAAUCCGCGUACUUUGGAUAAAAUUCAGUCAAAAUGUGAAUAAAGAUUCAGAGUUUUGAUGCGAAAGUGCGGGGCAUUUGUUUUCGGCGUUCUUUUCAUUGUAUCAAUGCAGAAUUUGAGGAAUAGAGCGUUUUUCGACGAAUAAGCUUCUUCGGUCUGUUGUUACAGUACCCAUUGUGAGACUUCGGCUAAAUCAAUUGCGGCAUUUUCCAGUAAAUCGUUCUCGUAUAACGCUAUCAAUGACGAAAAAUUUUCACAGUUAGAAUAAUGAAGUUCCACGAGUUCUAAUCAAUGACGUUCAAUUUAGUAUAAAAUAUUUUUGAAAACUAUAAAAAGCUAUUCGCAAUGGCUGAUGAGUCCAGUGUCAGGGUCGCCGUUCGGAUCCGGCCUCAAGUGGCGAGGGAGCUGAUCGACAUGUGCCGGAUUUGUACCCAAGUACCACCGGGCGAGCCUCAAGUGUUCCUCGGCCCGGACAAGGCGUUUACUUACGACCAUGUAUUCGACACCGGCGUCGGCCAGGAGCUAAUAUACGAUUCCUGUGUGGCGCGACUGGUCGAGGGGGCACUCGACGGCUACAACGCGACGGUGUUGGCCUACGGUCAAACCGGCUCGGGCAAAACGUACACAAUGGGCACGGGCUUCGACGUUGAGCUGGACGAUAACGUUGUUGGCAUUAUUCCAAGAGCCAUUAGGCAUCUUUUCGAUGGCAUUGCUGACAAACAGGAACGCGCGAGAGAGCGAGCUCAAAUGGCGCCGAAAUUCAAGGUGACGGCUCAAUUUCUCGAGCUUUACAACGAGGAUUUGAAGGACUUGCUGGAACCCGGUGGGCCUCGAGGUGGUGCGAGGAUUCACGAAGAUACCGCAGGCAAUAUACACCUGACCGGGGUCGAACCCAGAACCGUAACGAGCCCUGAACAAGCAUUGGAGUAUCUCCGUCUCGGUGCGCUCUCCCGUACAACCGGUUCCACCCAGAUGAACACACAAUCGUCCCGCUCACACGCCAUAUUUACUCUGUACAUUAAACAACAACGAUGCAUCAGAGUGGAGGAUCCUGAUGCGGAUGUCGAUACCAGCGCGACCGACGCCACCAAUGAACUUGAAACUCUCACCGCCAAGUUCCAUUUUGUUGAUUUGGCUGGCUCCGAACGACUCAAGCGGACUGGGGCCACCGGGGACAGAGCCAAGGAGGGCAUAUCCAUCAACUGUGGACUGCUCGCCUUGGGGAACGUUAUUUCUGCACUUGGCGACAAAACGAAAAAAGCUCUACACGUGCCUUAUCGUGACUCGAAGCUGACGAGGCUUCUCCAAGACUCUCUGGGUGGCAAUAGCCAAACUGUCAUGAUUGCUUGCGUAUCACCGAGCGAUCGUGAUUUUAUGGAAACUCUGAGUACCCUCAAGUACGCCAACAGGGCGAGGAACAUUAAAAACAAAGUGACGAUCAAUCAGGACAAGAGUUCGCGGACCAUCGCCUCGUUGCGUCGAGAAAUACAAGAAUUACAGCUCGAACUUAUGGAAUAUAAACAAGGUAAACGCGUGGUCGGCGAAGAUGGGGUCAACGAUGCGUGGCACGAGAAUCAAAUGUUGAACAGCGAACUGCAGAGUUUACGGACUCGAGUAAAAGCUUUGUCGGAAACUGUUCAAGCGUUAACCGCGAAGAACGCAUUAUUGCUGACGGAAAAAGCGGCUGGACAGUGGGUCGCUUCUUCCGGUGGGAACGAUGACCAAGUAACCAGUUUAGUGCUGGGAUACGUUCAAGAGAUCGAAGAAUUGAGAGCUCGGUUGCUCGAUGCCGAAGCCAUGUAUCAGCAAUUGAAAAAGCGUCAAAUGCAGGUUCACGGAGGAAAUUCCUACAGCGAUUCAUCUUACGCGUUUCAAGGAGAUUCUAGCUCGGUUUUAGUAGAGGCUAAAAAAGAAUUGCAAAAAGAGCGCGACGCGCUGGCGGCUCUCAAAGAGCAGCAGUCGCAGAGUACAGGAAUGAGCAUCAGGGUCGAUGACGAUGACGUGGAAGCCGACAAUACGGAGAACGGACAGGAAUCCUUGAGCGAAGACGAUACGGACGACGACUCCGAUCGCAAGGAAGAGGACGAACAGGAGGAAGUGAUGGGGCGUGAACUGGAAGCUCUGACUUCCGACAUCGACGUGAAGCAACGAUUGAUCCAGGAGCUGGAAUUGUCGCAGCGGAGGUUGCAAACGAUGAAGCAGCACUACGAGGACAAGUUGGCACAGUUGCAGGCUCGCAUACGCAACACCCAGGAGGAAAGGGACAAGGUUUUGUCCUCGCUUCAACAACAGCCGGCUCCGCCAACGGAGAAAGUGAAAAAAUUGCGGGACGAGUAUGAGAAGAAACUGUCCUCGAUGCAAAAAGAAGUGCGGCUGCUACAGUCCGCUAAGAAGGAGCACGCGAGGCUGCUCAAGAGCCAAUCCCAGAACGAGAAUCGGCUGCAGGGCUUGAAGAACGAACUUGCCGAGAUGAAGCGCGCCAAAGUUAAGCUUUUGCACAAAAUGCGCGAGGAGGCUCAGAGACACAAAGAAAAUGAGCUAAGGCGGAAUCGCGAGAUUGCACAGUUGCGCAAAGAGAGCCGAAGGAAUGCCAAUAUGAUAAGAACCCUCGAAGCAGACAAACGCAUGAAAGAAGUUGUCCUCAGGCGCAAACAGGAGGAAGUUACUGCGCUGCGAAAGCGAGACAGAGGAUUGAGCAAACAAGUGGCUGGAAGAGCGCCUGUUAAACAAACUAAUCCUAAGGCCUUGAAGCAACGAUGGCUCACGUUUGAGCGAACAAUUACGAAACAGGCGCUCGCCAAACAAGCCUCUACCGAUGCCGAGUGGGAGAUGGAACGAUUACUACAGGAGAGAGAAGAUCUCGGUGGAGAGUUGGAACGCUUACAAAAACAGCGAGACGCUACUGCAGCCGCUAAAGACGAUACCGCUGAUUUGGACGAAGAAAUUGAUAAUGUCAAAAGCAAAAUCAGCUACUUGCAGGACACUAUAGAAGAGCUGCAGCGUGAUAUGAUGGAAAUGGGUGACGGCGAGGCCGAGGGUGAACCGGGCGUAGAAGCUCUCAUAUCGACGAUAAGAUCAAUCGACGAAGCGCAAUAUCUGCUGCAAAGAAUGUUCGCCUUUACGGUCGAGCAAAGUUGCUCCGCCGCACAGAGGCAGGUUGAAGUACGGGAUAUGGAAUCCCGAUUGAAUCAAGUUGCACAGGAGAGCGAUGUACAACACCAAUUGCUCGAGCAUGUCUUACGCGACCGCAACCUUUUGUCGCUCACCAACGAACAUCAUCAAACAAAUCCGAUAGCCUACAGCCCUCCGAGCUCGCGAAGUUCUUCGCCGGACAAUAGCGAGUGUUACAGCCAACUGUCGAGCGUGGAAACGAAACAAAAAAGCAACAAAGUCAGACGACGAACAACCCAAGCACAGGAAUUGUUGUACGGCAUUAAUUCUGUAACCGACAGCUUAAAGAUCGACGAACAGAAUCAAAAUCACAACCAUCCGUUAACGAGAGUACCUAGUGCUCCUGGAAGCUUGAAGGGCUUGGUUUUGACGCGAGGAUCGCAUGGUAGCAGCGUUGUAGGUUCGCCAACGUUGGCACGACGAGACAGCACGUCGCCAAGGCCUCUGCGUCGCCACUUGCACCCUGGCGGAGGUUCCAUGGAACAAGUAGCCCAUACGGAAGCCUCGCCACCGGGUUCGCCGACGAUCUAUCGUCGUUUCAACAGCCGCGAGGAAAAUGUGUUUUCCCGAUUGACCGCAACGAGGCAGCCUCUGCCCUCGGAUCCCCAGCCAACGAAGGGUGUAAUUUCGCAGUUUCCGGGAAAAGUUCAGCCUAAAGCACCGCUGCAGUGCACCCACGUUGCCGAAGGUCACAGCAAAGCCGUUUUGGCUAUUUUCGCUACUGAAGAUCUGCUCUUCAGUGGGUCCAAAGACCGAACGGUAAAAGUGUGGGACUUGGGAACAGGACUGGAGAACUUGACGUUGAGCGGUCACCCGAACAACGUGGUAGCGGUGAAAUAUUCGGUGGCGCAUCGAUUACUGUUCAGCGUUUCAGCCGCUUACGUUAAAGUCUGGGAUCUUCGAGCCGGCAACAAUUGCAUCAAAACUUUGUUCUCAUCGGGCCAGACUCAGGGCGGUCCGAUAUCACUCGCUACGCCCUCGAGAACGCUUCAGGUCCCAGUUGGCGAGACUACGAUAAACGAUCUUGCCCUGAGUCUGGACGAUACGGAAUUGUACACCGCCUCCAUCGACAAGGUUCGCGUAUGGGACUUGCGAAAAUUGACUUAUACCGGACGCCUGAGCACUCCGCAUACCGCUGCGGUAAUGUGUCUCGCCGUUUCUCAGGAUGGCAGAGUUAUCACCGGAAGUAAAGACCAUCUCAUUUCACUCGUUGAAACGUGUACUUCUGGCCAAUCCGUCAGUUUAGCGCCCCCUCACUAUGACGGUGUCGAGUGUCUCGCUGUUAACGGCUCCACUUUGUUCUCCGGUUCCAGGGACAUGUGCAUAAAACGUUGGGACUUGAGCAGAAUGGAACUCGUACAGUCGUUGAACAAUGCUCACAAAGAUUGGAUAUUGGGUUUGUGCACGAUGAACGCCGGUUCCGUCAUGGUGUCCGGAUGUCGCGGUGGAAUUUUGCGUGCUUGGUCGGUGCCGAAAGAUUUGAAUGGCGAAUGCUCGUUACUUGGUGAAGUUCGGGCACACGCUUCUGCAAUAAACUCGGUUGUAACGAAUCAGCAGCACGUUUUUACAGCGAGCAAUUCUGGCGACGUCAAGCUCUGGCGAAUACCCGAAACACUUACCUCCAUGUCCUUUUCCACUCUUUCGCUAUAACUCGUUUUCGUUUCUGUCGCUUUUUUAUCGUCCGUCGUUGUCGUCUUGUUUUGUUUUUUCUCACACUAGCUCCCGAACUGGCAAUUAAAAUAACGCGUCUUUGAACAUCGUUUCCGUUUGUUCCUUUAAAUUAAAUUGAAAAUACAAAAUUAUUACAGUAACAUUUCGGUCUUUCACGUUUCAAAUUAAUAAAGGUUGCUCGAUGAGCCUGAAAGAAUAUUCUCUGUGGUAAAAACGUGGUCAAUAUGCUUUUGAGAAAUGAAUAUUUAGAUGCACAAACUUGUCGAAUUUAAAUUAUAAUCUAAAUUAUAUAAAUACAAAGAAAAUUAUUAAUAUUCGAUGCGAGUAAGGAAAUCCCAGUAUUUCAGCGAACAAAAAAUAACUAAUCGAUCGCUUAUUUUUUUUAUCGUAAUAUAAUUUGCUAAUUGUCUCGUUCACUUCAUUAUCUUGUUCCUUUGCAUGUUUUUCGUGUACACAACAAGCGAUGGGAGUAUACGUCUGUGGAGUUACUACAAGAGGGAUCAUCCGAGGACAUUCCAGAGAAGCAAUUCCCUCAAGUGCUAACGAAUCGUCAAUAUAUAUAUAUAUGAGAUACAUACAUUAUAUUUAAUAAAUUUAUAACGACUCCGAAAAGAAUGGACCUACAUUGGGAUCGCGUGGAAUUUGGAUGCUGAGAUUCGAGUGCGAGAUUUAAAUACUCCCAAACGUGAGGCUAUCGAUCAAUUUUCAUAUUAUCUCGGAUUCCAUUUUUAUUCGAAAUUAUUGUCCCGUCCAUUUCUAGAGCACGAGCUUGCACGAAGAUUACACUCCGAUUUUUCGCGCUCCCAAAAUCAUAGCGUAAAAAAAUAGGCAAACGAAAGAUUGAAUAGAAAUACGAAUAUGCGUUAUUGUAAUGCAAAAUUUAUUUAUCAUUGACGAACACAAAAUGUGUGUUUUCGCAAAUGGCUAUAAGAACAAACGAAAACAAAUGAAUCCUAGAAAAAUUGUUGAAUACGUCGAUAACCGUUUUUUCAACUUUCCUAAUUUUAUUAAAUAAGUAGGCAAUACUUAAAAAUGUUAAUCUUCAUCGAAUAUUGCUCAUUAUACUUUGCUCUUUUUUCCAUACCAAUUGACGAAUUGAAUCGAUUUGUAGAAUUGAAUCAGACUGAUUAUUUAUUUACGUCAAUUCCCAUUUUUUGGGAGUACCCAGUUUUAUGAAAAAUAUCGUUUUUUUAUCGAUUUUUUCUUGUCGUGAAAUUUUGAACCCAACGAAAAAACGAAAUAAAUGAAAUUGAGUGGCUGAAUUGGUAGAAAAAUCGAAUCCUCUAAUGACCAUUUCAGAAGAUUUGUAAAAAUUAGUGAAAAAAAAUUGUUAUUUAAAAUUUCUUCGCUCUUAAAAUACAAAUAACCGUCGUUGUGAACAAAACCCCGAACAAAGAAAAACAAUCAAGCGCUUUGUUGAUGAUUCGCCUAAUCUUGUAACAAAAAAAUCAAAAGACAAAAAAUGAAGUAAAAUAAACGAAUGGAAAAAAAUGAUAAAUAAAACAAAA